UACGCAUACAAAAGCAGCGAACAUGCGAACUGUCCCACGGAUGGGGCCCUCGAUGCCUGUCUUGAGCUAGCCACGCAAUAAACAACAUCAACAAAAAAAAAACAUAGCAUCUCCGCCCCUUAUCCUAUGCGCUGGCGUUUUCCGUCAAUAUAACAGAAUGGUAUCGCUCUCUCCCCCUACGACGCUUGUUUUUACCAUAUCAGACUCAGCAGUGCUGUGUCGCUGCACGACAUUUGACGCCCAACACUGUCAUUUGCGUGCGUUUGUUCAUUUAUGCACAAUAGUAUAAUAUCUAGCUCAACGGGGGUUUGACAUCCCCCCCUUGCACAGCUCCUGGGAUUUUUACCAACUUGACAGCCUUCAAAAAGAGAGGAGCCAGCUGCUUCCUCAGGCGAUCCCCGUCAUGACCUCACUACGCUCCGUCGAUGCAUUGAAUGGGAUUUCACAUCGGUCCUAGUUUUUGCCUGUCUGUUGUGAACCAGUGUCAGCGACAAGCGGUUAUUAUUUCUCCGGUCUUCUUCGAUGGCGGUCUGAAUGAAGAUUUGUUUUGGUCCACACGCACAAAUCACGCUACGCAUCUGUCUGACCCGGGCUAAACCCCAAGCCACUUGCGCUUCAAAGGCCUGGUGAUGGGGGGAACCAAGAGCAAACCCAAGGACCCGGGCCAGCGGUCCCGCAGCCUGGACGGCGGCAUCAGCCCCGGCGGCGGGCACCACCACAGCCCCGCCCAGCAGACCCUGACGCCCAAUCGGAGCCCGGCCGCGGACACCAAUCGGGGCGGCAACCACCACCACACCAAUAACGCGGAGCUGGCGCUGUUCGGGGGCGUGGACAGCACCGGUAGCUUCAGCUCGCCCCACAGAAGCGGGCCCCUUGCAGGAGGGGUCACUACUUUUGUGGCGCUGUACGACUACGAAUCACGCACAGCCUCAGAUCUGUCGUUCAAGAAGGGUGACCGUCUGCAGAUCGUCAACAACACGAGAAAGGUGAACAGCAGGGAAGGGGACUGGUGGUUAGCUCGCUCUCUGACUACAGGAGGCAGCGGUUACAUUCCCAGCAAUUACGUAGCUCCUUCGGACUCCAUCCAGGCGGAAGAGUGGUUUUUCGGAAAGAUCACCCGGCGCGACUCGGAGAGGCUGCUCUUGUGCCUGGAAAACAGAAGAGGGACCUUCCUGGUGAGAGAGAGUGAGACUACCAAGGGUGCCUACUGCCUGUCGGUCCUGGACUACGAUAACGUGAAGGGCCUAAACGUCAAACACUACAAGAUCCGCAAGCUGGACAGCGGGGGCUUCUACAUCACGUCCCGUUCCCAGUUCAGCAGCCUGCAGCAUUUGGUCAGCCACUACCGCAAGCAUGCAGAUGGGCUCUGUCACAGCCUGACGGAGGUGUGUCCUGUGCUGAAGCCUCAGACCCAGGGCCUGGCCAGGGAUGCCUGGGAGAUCCCGCGCGAGUCCCUGAGGCUGGACCUGAAGCUGGGACAGGGCUGCUUCGGGGAGGUUUGGAUGGGAACGUGGAACGGCACAACACGGGUGGCGAUAAAGACCCUGAAGCCGGGCACCAUGUCCCCGGAGGCCUUCCUGCAGGAGGCGCAGGUCAUGAAGAAGCUCCGCCACGAGAAGCUGGUGCAGCUGUACGCUGUGGUGUCCGAGGAGCCCAUCUACAUCGUCACCGAGUACAUGAGCCAAGGUAGCCUGCUGGACUUCCUGAAAGGUGAGGCGGGGAGGAUGCUCCGCCUGCCCCAGCUGGUCGACAUGGCGUCUCAGAUUGCAGCUGGAAUGGCCUAUGUGGAGAGGAUGAACUAUGUGCACAGAGACCUCAGGGCAGCCAACAUCCUUGUGGGCGACAACCUGGUCUGCAAAGUGGCAGACUUCGGCCUUGCACGGCUCAUCGAGGACAAUGAAUACACUGCCAGGCAGGGAGCGAAGUUUCCCAUCAAGUGGACGGCCCCAGAAGCAGCGCUUUAUGGACGCUUCACCAUCAAGUCGGACGUCUGGUCCUUCGGGGUUUUGCUGACUGAGCUGGCCACCAAGGGCAGAGUGCCGUACCCAGGGAUGGUGAACAGAGAGGUCCUGGACCAGGUGGAGCGCGGUUACAGGAUGCCCUGUCCGGCCGAGUGCCCCGAGUCCCUACACGAACUGAUGCUGAGCUGCUGGCGCAAAGAGCCAGAGGAGCGGCCCACCUUCGAGUACCUGCAGGGCUUCCUCGAGGACUACUUCACCUCCACCGAGCCCCAGUACCAGCCAGGGGAGAACCUCUAGAAGCUUCCCGGGCUCGUGGGGCAGUAGUGUUUCACUGGAAUUGGUUCAGCCUCUCCCCUGUCCCCCCUCUCUCUUUCUCUCUCUCUCUCUCUCUCUCUCUCUCUGUCCCCAGCGCGUCCCCCAUUUCAGCUGCCACAAGAGCCGGGGUGCCAAAGGGGGACGUCCACACACAGAAACACAAACUGCUCCCUCCCCAAGUCUGCGAUGCAGCCAUCUGUGACCCGCUUUGAGGUCAGCGGAGUCUCACAGUGGUCACUGAUUAAAUAUGCAUUGGCCGCUCUCCAUCGUACCAAAUUGACCCUUCGGUCUGGAGGCUACUCUGUCCGUAGUUACUGCCCUGGCACGCCCCCUCUCCUGCAAGGCUCGAAAGAGACAGAGCAGGUGAUGUACAAUCCCCCCCACCGGAAGCAAUGCAGUUUUCUCUUAUUUCGGGUGUCGGGUCACCCUGGUGUCAAAAAAAAAAAAAAAAAA